AGAUGAGUUCGAAAAUCAUCAAGGCUAGCGCCGCCGAGCCCGAUGGCUUCGAGACCUCGAUCUCGCAGGCCCUGGUCGAGUUGGAGACCAACUCUGACCUGAAGGCGCAACUUAGGGAGUUAUACAUUACCAAGGCUAAAGAAGUUGAACUCCACAACAAAAAGUCAAUCAUCAUCUACGUGCCCAUGCCCAAGCUGAAGGCUUUCCAAAAGAUCCAGAUCAGACUUGUCCGUGAACUCGAGAAGAAAUUCUCUGGCAAACACGUUGUCUUCAUCGGUGACCGCAAGAUCCUGCCCAAGCCCAGCCACAAGACCCGUGUCGCCAACAAACAGAAGAGGCCACGAUCAAGGACCCUGACGUCAGUGUACGACGCGAUCCUGGAGGACCUGGUGUUCCCCGCGGAGAUCGUCGGCAAGCGCAUCCGGAUCAAGCUGGACGGCUCCCAGCUCAUCAAGGUGCACCUGGACAAGAACCAGCAGACCACCAUUGAACACAAGGUGGACACCUUCCAGUCUGUCUACAAGAAGCUGACGGGGCGUGAAGUCACCUUCGAGUUCCCGGAACCCUACUUGUAAAUUAGACAUAACUUUACAAUAAAACACUAAAAAAAU